GUCGUCGAUGGCAGCGAUGAACACAACGGGUGGCGGAGGAGAGGACUCGGAGGCUGACAUCGGCUGCGAUAUCAACUACGACAGCAUUAAGAUGUCGUACCCGACCGCCGGUCCCACACAAGUGCCGCCACAAUACAAGCCGUUGACGCUAACGGAGAAGAAGUUUCUGUUGGCCGUCGAGAGGGGAGACCUUCCGGCCGUUCGCAGGGCGCUGCUGGAACAGCCCAGGGAUCAGCUGAACAUCAACUGCUGCGACCCCGUAGGCAGGAGUGGCCUACUUAUGGCUAUCGAUAACGAGAACCUCGAGAUGUGUGAGCUAUUGCUGAGCGCCGGCGUCGAGAUGAAGGACGCCUUACUUCACGCCAUUAACGAGGAGUUCGUCGAAGCCGUGGAACUGUUGCUCGACAACGAAGACCAGAUACAUAUCGCCGGUCAGCCGCACUCUUGGGAAGCGUUAGAGCGCGAGACCUUCACCUCCGAUAUCACGCCAUUGGUAUUGGCCGCCCAUCGCAACAAUUAUGAGAUUAUCAAGAUCAUUUUGGAUAGGGGCACAUCACCU